AUGGUAAAGCCAGAUGGAGUUGCUGGUAAACAUGUUGAUGUUAUCAAGAAAACAAUUUCGGAUUCUGGCUUCAGCAUAAUCGAUGAGAUCGAGCUGCAAUUGGACGAGAAUGCGGCAAAGAGUUUCUACGAAGAACAUUCUUCCAAGAGUUUCUUCUCGAGCCUUGUUAAAUACAUGACAAGUGGGCCGGUGCUAGUAAUGGUUCUGGAGAAGGAAACUGCGAUAGCAGAUUGGCGUGUUUUGAUUGGGCCUACCAAUGCAAGCAAAGCUAAAGUGACUCAUCCUAGAAGUUUGAGAGCCUUGUGCGGGACUGACUCAGAAAGAAAUUGUGUUCACGGUUCAGAUUCACCGCAAUCUGCUGCAAGAGAAAUAGCGUUUUUCUUUCAGAAGUCCUCUUCAGGCUCUGUCUCAAAGCAUGAUGAAUUAUAG